AUGACGUUUCAGAGCCUCACCACUGAAUGCCAACGCCUCAUCAACCUAAAGCACGACACGGCUUUGAUCGAUCAGUCACCUGUGACCUCAAGCUGCUGCGUACAGGCAAUCAACUCCAUCUUGCCCAGGAAAUCCAACAAGACGUCCGAUCGAAGACAAAGUAAGCCUCCCACAAGUUGCUGGCAUUGUGGUGAGUGGCAUUUUGCUCGUUAUUGCCAGUUCAGGCGUCACAAAUAUUCCAAGUGCAUUCGUCGCGGCCACAAAGAAGAUUUGUAUCGAUCUCAAAGACUGCAGCCAUCCGCACACCACCGUGAAGCCCAUAAAUCGCGGUCCAACUCGGUGGCGGCAACAUUCAAAGUUGAUUUUACUUGCCGAAGGAAGUUCCCGAUGGUUCGUACCAACGACAUCCCAGUUCGUUUGCAACUUGAUACUGGCUCCGAUAUCACGCUACUCAGUGAUCGAACGUGGAGACGAAUCGAGUGCACAGCAAUGGAUGUGCGUAAUUUUGUUCGCGGUGUCAUUUCGGGCGGUUUAAUAGGAGAUUGUUAUGGCUACAUUUAUGAAGAUCGGCCUGUUGUGAAAUUCGAUGUUCCACUUAAAUUGAUAACGGACACGCUGUCCGGAGCUGAUCGUUCUCAGCUUAUUUACACCGAUGACACACAAAUGGGUUUAGCGACUUUACGAUCCUUACGUUGUACGAAUAAGUUGGAUCCAAGCCAUCUUGCCCGCGAGUAUGCUGAAGAUUACUUCAAGGAUGGAUCUCAUCGAUACUACGGUGGAACCGUACCCUCGGUCUUCCGUGAGAAUGCUCGGACUAAUUAUGAAAAUCCUUUCUCGUACGCCGCGACAUUGUUUAAAGGAUCAGGUUCUUAUGGGAACGGCGGAGCGAUGCGCGUUUCACCCUUGGCUUUGUAUGGCUUGAAAGUGUCCGAAAUUGAGUUUGACAAACUCGUUAUUGAUGUCACCCGUCUGACCCAUACACAUCCUCUUGCGGUUUGCGGCGCACUGCUUCAAGCGCAUGCUGUGCGUCUCGUGUGGUCUAUCGUGUCGAAAUCGGUAGGAGCUGGGGAACUCUUCCCAACUCAGUUUCUGGACCAGCUGUUAACGCGGCUCCGAGCCGUUCACCACGAGUUCGUCAACUGGAACGAUCCGAAGUGGCAGGAUGCAAUCGCAAGCUACAGACAGAAGUUCGAAUCGAUCAAGUCGCUUCUGGUUCCAUCACUUAACCCUCCAGUAGAUAAGGUUGUUGAAUCCUUAGGUCACGAUUUGAAAGCGAUCAACUCAGUUCCGCUUUCAAUUUUUGCUUUCUUACGGUCGCUAAAGCCCAUUGAAGGGAUUCCGCUUCAGUCGAUCCCACUACGCUGUCUGGUCUAUACCAUCGGUUUGGGUGGGGACACAGACUCGAAUGCGUGCAUGGCUUGUUCACUGGCCGGUGGCUAUGUGGGUCUUGAACCGUGGCAAACUUGUACGGAUAGCCCCAUCUCACACGAAAUUCUGGCUCGUUGCGAACGCCUGUCUGUUGUCAAUGAAAUGAUUGACUGGUUGGGUUCGCGAUUGGCCGAAUAAGACCGUUCAUCUCAAUAAACUGUGAUCCUUUUUUUAUUUUCCGGGCUACGUUAUCCUAUUUUUUGAUUACUUUAUCUUGCUUACUUCUUUGAUCAGUAAAAUAUAUGAAUUUCCACAAGUACGAACUUUC